GAGGGUUCUCCCAGGGAGGAGCCAUCAGUCUCUACGCUGGGUUGACGUAUGAUAAACCUCUGGCUGCCAUCUGUUGCCUCAGUACAUGGCUACCGCUCAAUGCCGAGUUCCCGACUGGGCUUAAGGAGGCCAAUAAAAAGACCCCCAUUUUCCAAGCUCACGGUAAGGCUACGGAUGAGGCUGUAUGA